AUGUCCUUUUUCAGUAAACUGAAAUCUAAUCGCCAUCUUAUAUAUAAAGGUAAUCAACAAGAUAAUAUGCGAGGUAAGAAGGGAAUUUUAUUAAAUCCGCUAGUUGGCAGUGGUUCUAAUAUAUUAAAGCUAUCCUCUACAGAUGGUGCAGAAUCUAAUGCUUCUUUUUCUACAGAAGAAGAUGAGAAGACUGCUGUAGCCAAACACCUUCGUGAUAGAGAUAAAACUAAAGAUGACAUUGAUAUGGUUUCUAAAGGGCUAGCGGGGAAUGUUGUUGGUGCAUCGCUGAAUGAUUCAGAAAUUCAAACUUUGGUUGAAUCAAUGCAUUUCUAUGAGUAUGAACAGGGUGAAGUUGUUAUGGAAGAGGGACAGCCUGGAUUUUUUUUUUUCAUAAUUUCAUAUGGUGAAUGUGGAGUCUUGGUAAAGGACAAACAAGUUAACAAACUAGGAGAAGGUGUAGCAUUUGGUGAACUUGCACUUAUUCAUAAUACUCCAAGGACAGCAACAAUAAAAGUUUUGAAGAAAGCUGGGCUAUGGGGACUUGGACGCUCCACAUUUAGAGACACUUUAAAGAUGAUAUCUUCUAGGAACUAUGAAGAAAAUCAUACUUUCAUUGAAAGCUUGCCAAUAUUCUCUGGAUUGACGGAGCAGCAGAAAAGUUUACUAGCAGAGGCCCUAGUACGUGAAGUUUUUGCGAAAAAUCAGGAUAUCAUAAGACAAAAUGAAAUUGGCAAUGUAUUAUAUAUGAUAAAAAGUGGUUCAGUUGAUAUAAAAGUGAAUGGUAAAUAUAUUCGUUCUUUGAAUGAUGGAGAUGCUUUUGGUGAAAGAGCCUUAAUGUAUGAUGAACCAAGAUCUGCAACUGUAACCACUACCAAACCUACUGAAUGUUUAACUUUAGAUAGAGUAGUACUUACUCAAAUAUUAGGAGAUCUGAGACAAGUUCUUAGCAAGAACUUGAUACAACAAGCACUACUAAAUUCCCCAGUUUUUAAGCAGUUUACCAAAUCUCAGAUACAAGGUCUAAUAGACAAAGUAUUAUUUAAGUCCUUUGAGGCUAAUACUAUAGCUUUAGAUGUCGAAUCUAAGGCACUUGGAGUAAGAGCAUUUGUUGUUUUAGAAGGAGAGGUGGAAGUUAGUAUUCCUACGAACUACUUAAAUAGUAGAUCAAAUGUCUUUACAUCAAUGAGACUUGAUAAAUCUUUUGGGGGAUAUCAGCAACUUGGAAGAUCUAACGUCAUUCGUAUUGUACUAGGAAGGGGUGAGUACUUCGGAGAUGACUUUGUUGUCAACCCAAGAUUACCAUUUGUAUGUAAAGUUGAGACGAGAUCUGCAGCAAAACUAGCAGUUAUUACGACAUCAAUUUUGGCAGAAUGUUUUGGGAAUGACAAUAUUGAUGCUGGGCUUGAAAUUAACAGAAAAAGGAAUACUGUUAAAAGUUGUUUUGUCUUUCAAUAUAUCUCGGAACAGCAGUUAGAGUUGCUUGUCAGAUCCUUAAGAUCAAUAGUAUAUACAAGUGGUGAAAAGAUAGUAGUACAAGGUGAGCAAGGGACUGCAUUUUUCCUUAUUCAAUCAGGUGAGGUAGCUGUAUAUAAAGAUAAUAGGUUUAUUAGGUAUCUUGGCAAAAAUGAUUACUUUGGAGAAAGAGCGAUGCUUUAUGAUGAGCCACGUACAGCUACAAUUGAAGCUGCUACACCUGAAGUCCAUUUAUGGGUUGUAGAUAAAGAUACAUUUCUUAAAAUUGUUGAGUUACCUAUGAGAAGAUACUUAGAUGAGAGAAUAAAAUUACAAGACACAAAUGUUGAACUGAGCGAUUUGAAGGUUAUUCAAACAAUAGGAAGAGGAACUUUUGGAAUUGUCAAAAUGGUUGAGAAUAAUAAAACUGGCCAUAGAUAUGCUUUAAAGUGUAUUUCUAGAGGAAAGAUAGUCGCACAUAACCAACAAAAUCAUGCAAGAUUAGAAAGGUCUAUUUUAGCAGGUAAUGAUCAUCCAUUUAUAGUGAGACUAAUUAAAACAUUUAAAGAUAGUGAUACAAUUUAUUUCUUGACUGAAUUAGUUCCUGGUGGAGAAUUAUAUGAUGCAAUAAGACGCAUUGGACUAUUAACGAGAUAUCAGGCACAAUUUUAUAUUGGAUCAAUGAUACUAGCAUUAGAUUAUUUACAUGAAAGAUCAAUAGUCUACAGAGACUUAAAACCUGAAAAUAUUUUACUAGAUUCCCAAGGAUACAUAAAACUUAUAGAUUUUGGAUGUGCUAAGAAAUUAAGUGGUAGAAGCUAUACGCUAGCAGGAACUCCACAUUACAUGGCACCAGAAGUUAUAUUGGGAAAAGGAUAUACUUUAACUUGUGAUGCCUGGACUAUUGGAGUAUGCCUUUACGAAUUUAUGUGUGGUCCUUUACCUUUUGGUAAUGAUGCACAAGAUCAUUUAGACGUAUUUAAGGAUAUAUUGACAGCAAAGUUGUCAUUCCCUAGUCAUCUCAAUGAUACCGAUGCUAUAAAUUUAAUGAAAAGGCUAUUAUGUCGUGUUCCUGAGGUUAGAAUGGGUUGUUCUGCAACUGGUUAUAAAGAAAUUAAGGAUAACGCAUUUUUUAGGGAUUUUAACUUCGAUAGAUUAUUGGGAAGGAGCUAUGUAGCUCCUUUAGUUCAGAAAUACGAAGUUUUUGCAAGAGAAAGUGAAGAUGAAAGUGACUUUAUUAAUAAAAAGAUCAAUCAAAGCAAUAUUAUAAGUUGUCCUGGACAAUAUUGUGAUGAAUAUGACUGGGAUAGAGAUUUCUAA